AUGAACUCUAUUUCACUUUAUGUUCUUCCCUCCCGGAGAAAGCGUGAGCACUCUGUUGAAGUGGAAAUAGAUCAGUUGGAAACUGAACGAGCUAAACGCCGUUACGUUUCCGAGUUCUUAUCUUCUGAACUAACAGCCUUAAGCCUUCAUAACAACGAAGAAGAUGCUAAUCUACUAAAAAAUAAGUCUCCGUCGAGUCGAAAACAUGUUGUUAUGGUUACUGAUCUCGAUGCUUAUGAAUCCGAAGAUUCCGAAGAAAAAAGUGAUGUGAAGGAUGAGUGUUCCUCUUCUAUCACAAUGCCUCAUGAAAUUCGAAGAUCAUUAAAGAAGAUACCGCAUGAAUUGUUACUCCCGAGGACGGACAAUCCAGUUCGGGCAUUAGUCUUAUAUCAACGUCCUCCAUGGUUACCAACUGAACCUUCUAAUUCGGAGCCAAAAGGAACAAACCCUCGAAAAAACAAGGAAGUCGUACAUGAACGUCGUAUUUCUGAAAUUAUGGAUAAUGGUAAACUAUCUCCCAUUCCUGAGGAUCCUGUGAUCGACUCAGAAGAAAUGGAUUUAGACCUUGAUGUUGAAAAUAACAGAAUUUCUUAUGAUGGGUAUUUGGGUGACGAUGAUGAAGAUGGUGUUGAAGAAAUGGAAUUGUAA